CUCAUACAACCUCAAGGCUCCUGAGCUAUCACUCUCUUUUCUACUUGCCUCUUGCCUCUCCCCCUCUUAUCCUCCUUAUCCCACUUGCUACAUACGUCUUCCUGCUACCCCUCGUUACCAGAGGGUAGUCUGUCCCUCUCUGACACCGCGAAUUCCUCUCAAACAGAUGUCGACCGGCCAUUACGUGGCUUACGACUUGCCUCGAGCAACAUGGUCUCCUCGUCGCCCGCUCCCGUCGGUUCCGGGAUCUUCUUCGCGUUCGCCCUGGUAACCAUAUCCGUCUUGGUUCUACUCCUCCUGCGCCGUUUUCUGACGCUGCGCGCCACUCCCGCCUACAUAAUCGUCCCCGUCUUCCUUGCCCUCGCGCUCCCUGCCAGCGUCGUCUUACUCGUUCCGAUCGACUUGACAUCCAGCUCUCGAGCGAAUGGCCGUGCGACGGGUAUAUGGUUGCCUGACCGGAUGGUCCUGGUGUCAUGGCGCAUUGCAUACUGGCUCAUAUUCGUCUUGACGUGGAUCAUCUUGCCUCUCCUGGGCGAGUUCGUUGAUUCCGGAUACCGUGAUCCCAAAGGUCGCCUUAUGUACUCGCUACGCUCGAAUGGCCGUUAUCAGUUGACAGUCCUUUGUUGCGGUAUCGUGGGCUUGAUUUACAUUUCCAUUCAGAAUGGCUUCGACUUUACCUCCAUCAAGGGCCUGGUCAUGGCCCUUGCGUACGUGUGGGGUCUCAUCCUGGCCAUCUAUUUGAUGGGCCACGGACUCGUCUCCAUACCUCGCACUCUACUGCGAAAUGCCAAUGCGAGCGGCCGUCUCCGGAGAAUACAGGCACGUGCUCCGAAGGUGCAUGACCGUUUGAUGGAUGCGAUCACCGACUUGGAGGAACUCGAAGCAACAGUCUCUCAGCUUCAGCGCCGCAAGACCGGCAGUGCGAGGGAGUUCACUGACUGGAUCGAGGAACUGGCGGAAACUUGCAAUUCUUCCGAAUCGCAGCCUCUGGCUGGUCAAUCUAUCGCCGAGGCGACUGCGACGGUCCCUGCGGUUAUCACUGAGCGAUAUAUGGCGGAUCUCACGAGGCGUCUUCAACGUGCGCGCCAUCGCCGGGCUCGAUUCCUCGAUGAGUGGGAUCGUUUGGUGCAGUCGGCAGCAGAGACACAGGCAAUUAUUGACUCUUACGCCUCCAAGAAACUGGACUUCGGCCGAACAUCUCCUCACGCUUCGUUUCUUUCCCGCGCAAAGUUUCUGACCCCAUACAUGCGGUAUCAUCUCCAUGUGAAUAUCCUGCCAAGCUUACGACUAUUGUUUGCUGGUAUCUUUGCUGUCGCGUCGGUCUGUAUUAUUUGGUCCGAAUUGAUCAAGUCCUUUGCGCCGAAGCUUUCAGUCAUCAGCCUUACUGUCGUACCACAUUCGAGUGACCCUGGUGCGAUCGGAUUUGGAGGACAGGUCACCGCAUCUGCCUGGCUAUUAUACAUGUGCACUGCGGCUCUCGUUGGAAUGUAUGAUGCAAAGGUCUGGGGUAACCGUGCCUUGGUGCGUCGAAAUACAUAUGGCGAGAGUGCCUGUUGGUACGCAGGACAGGUUGCCAAGCUCACAGUGCCGCUUUCUUACAACUUCCUCACUUUCUUGCCAGAAGAAGUGCAGCGGAACACCACAUUCUACAAGUUCCUUGGUCGUCUCAUCAACUUGACACCGCUAGGAAAAGGCUUUGACUACUUCUUCCCAGUCUUCAUCUUUCUUCCCGUAUGCGCCACCAUGUUCAACCUGUACGGGAAAAUGAGAAGGAUCUUCAGCUUUGGCAUUUUGGAAGAGGAUGACGAUUCUGAAAAUGACCCCAGUGGUAUCGGCGCUGGUGGAUGGAGAGAAGGUCGCGAGCUGAUCGAGCGGGAGUUGAGCGGCCUCGGCUCGUUGGGGCUCGCGUCGAGGAACACAGAUACGGUUGGUCUUCCUACGGGAGUCGCUCGAGGCAGGGCGACCAACCGAGCCGCCCUGGCCACAUGGACUCCACCGGCUGAGGGAUCUCGUCCCGCUCGCUCUACGCGGACUGCGGCGACUGCAUCACGGACGGUCGCGCCAGAGCUCGAUGACGAGGAGGAAGGCUUCUUCCAGUCGUUUUUCCAUCGGGUCAAAAACACGUAUGACACUUCCAACGUACCUCAGUGGUUUCAAGGGGACCAGUUCCCGCGUCCGAGAUGGAUGUCCGGUUCAGGUGCAGCUGAGGGUGGCGGUAGCGGCCUGGCGCGCUGGCGGGGUGGGAAUCGACCCAUGACGCCAUCGUCGUCUCCCCUGCUUUUGCCUUCAUUGGGUGAGACGUGCAUUUCAUAUCUCGAUUCCAUCGCUACGAAUCUGCCUGUCUCGCUGCGCAGUCUUCCCGACCGCUUCGCGAACCUUGCCUCUCGUUCGACGUACCUUGAACCGACCCGGAGCCUGCGCCUUUUCGUCCGGUUUCUCUCGGGAGAGAAAGACUCGACGCUGGUCUUUCAUCACUCUCCUGCUAUUGCCGCCUUCAUCGCUACCAUCGUUGCGUGCGUGCUUGCACUCGUCGCUAUGAGUUGGCGCCAACCGUUCUCCAGUUUCUGGCGACGUCCCGAAGCCCCUCCGCGGGUGAGUGAUGGCGAUUAUAGCUAUCUCACCAAUGACGACAUCGGCGAGUCUGGUCGCGGUUAUGCCGCGACAGGCGACAAUGCGCCCGAUACCAUCUUCCUCGUGCACCUUCGCAACCAAUACGAGCUGCACUUCCCGGCCUACUCUAUCGAUGAUGGUCUGUUGACGGUGGGGCAGCUGCGGCAGCGCGCUGCAGAGGUGACAGGCGCCUCAGAUGCCCGACGGGUCAAAUUGCUGUACAAGGGGAAGUUGCUGGAUGACGACUCGAAACCCUGCAGAGAAGAAGGCCUUAAGCAAGAAUCGGUGGUGAUGGCGGUGUUGCAUACGCAGUCGAAUGACACGACGUCCAGCGAGGCUUCAGGCAGUGAGGUGGAGAGAACCCAUUCGGCUCAUCAUCAUGGUGCAGAUCAUGAGCACCACACCCACGGCGGCGAGAGGAAGAAAAAGAACAAGAAGAAUAAGAAGAAAAACAAAAAGAAGGGCGACUCGAACAACAACCUGGCCCCACCGGCGGAGCAGCAACCGGUGCCAUCUGGCGGUUCGUCGCUCCCUUCACCGGCCCCGAGUAUAAAGAACAUGAGCAGUCCACUUCAACAGGCGGAUGCUCUCAUGGAGUACCUGCGCAAGACUCUCAUACCGCUCUGCGACGAGUUUGUCGCGAAUCCUCCAGCGGAUCAGAAAGCUCGUGAGUUUGAAUUCCGGAAACUCUCGGAGACCAUUCUGGCGCAGGUGUUGCUCAAAGCGGAUAGUAUCGAGCCUGACGGAGAUGAAAAUGCUCGAAAUGCACGCCGUGCUCUCGUCAAAGAGGCACAGGCCGCUCUGAACAAGCUGGACGAAGCCAUUAAAGCUUAA